AUGAGCGGACAGCGCCGGCGGGUCCUCACUGGACUGCUCUUACUCCUGUGCGCUCUGAGCGAGCACGGCGGCCAGAGCGCGCCCGCGGCGGGGCCAGCUCAUGCGCGAGCGUUCGGGGAGGACGCGCCGCGCAGCCUGACCAGGCUGAUGAUGGUGCGGCGCGUGGAGGGGACCCGGGAACGGCACAGCGCGCGAACGGAAGCCCCGGUAACGUCACGCGCCGGGAGCGCAUCUUCUGUGGAGCUGAGGGACUUCCGCAGCAAGAUGGAGCGAGCGAGUCCGGCUGUCGUUUUAUCUACAAGAGAUCUUAAAAAGAAGGAGAAAAUACUGAAAUACUUCACAGGUCCACUCGUCUUCAGCUCCAAGUGCAGGAUUAAGGCCUACAGACUUUACCACCACACCAGAGACUGCACGAUACCGGCAUACUUCAAAAGAUGUGCACGACUGCUCACACGACUAGCCGGCAGCCCGCAGUGCACAGAGGGGUAGCACGCACACACAC